AUGCGGUGGAGCCUGUGUCAGCUUUCUCCUUUGAUUCUGUCUAUGUGUUCGCUGGCUUUAACGGCACGUCAUCAGGCCACGGCUACAGCAUGCGGGGAGCUGGAGGCAUUGCCUUCCCAGAGAAGAAGCAGCAGAGAUGUUAAUUCUCCGGCUCCUGUCAACUGUCAGCUGAGCCAGUGGUCAGAAUGGACUGAUUGCUUUCCUUGCCAAGAGAGAAAACACCGGUACCGGAGGCUGGUGCAGCCGGCAGAGUUUGCAGGGCGGCGAUGCGCAGGGCAUCUCUGGGAUGAGGAAGCUUGCCGUGCCGAGACGACGUGCACCGGGCCCCCCGGCUGCGGGAAAGACUUUCGGUGCGAGGAAACAGGUCGCUGUAUUAAACGGCAUCUUGUGUGCAAUGGAGAGCCAGACUGCAGAGAUGGGUCUGAUGAGGAUAACUGUGAGGAUGAAGAUAUUGAAAGCCCUUGUGAACAACUGUUCCCAAUCCCAGGGUCUGAAAAAGCAGCCCAAGGAUACAAUAUCCUAACACAGGAAGAGAGCCAGUACGUAUAUGAUCCUAAUUUUUUUGGAGGCCACUGUGAGUAUGUCUACAACGGAGAGUGGCGGGAGCUGAAGUACGAUGCUGCAUGUGAACAUCUGUACUAUGGAGACGAUGAGAAGUAUUUCCGCAAACCUUACAACUUUCACGUAUACCAAUUCCUAGCUCAUGCUGAUUCUGGAUUCACUUUAGAAUUUUACGAUGAUUCAAAGGAUCUGCUUGAUGCCCUUAAAAGUGAUAAAUCCAGAACAAGAAGCUUUACCAUUGGAAUUGGGCCUGGAGGUUCAGCUUUCCAGUUAGAACUGGGCACCAUUUUAUCAGGUGGUAAAGGGUCCCUGAAGAAUUUCACACAAUAUAGUGCAAAGGAGGUUGGAUUCAUUAGAGGUGUGACGAAGGUGCAGACAGCCCGUUUCAAGAUGAGAAGGGACAACAUUGUUUUGGAUGAAGAUGUGCUGCUCUCCCUGCGGGAGCUUCCAAACACCUACAACUAUGGCAUGUAUGCCAAAUUCAUCAACGACUACGGCACCCAUUUCAUGACAUCUGGCACUAUGGGAGGCGUCUUCGAGUACAUCAUUGUCACUAACAAGGCAGAAAUGAGAAGAAAAGACAUCAGCGCUGAAGAGAUAAGCGCCUGUAUUGUCCGGUCCAUUGGCCUUACGGUCAGCGAGAGUAAACUGCAUUUGGAAGCAUCUGUGUCAUCCUCUGACUGUGCAAAGAAAGGAUUUCUGAAAACGGUCAACUUUUCAGAUGCUGAGAGCAACAGUGCAGUUGUGGAAGAUAUUAUUCCCCGGAUAAGAGGUGGAGAUACCAGUUACAGCGGAGGGCUCUUAAACAGUUGGGAUGGCAAUAUGUAUCGUCACUGGGGAAGGUCAUUAAAAUACAAUCCUGCUGUUAUUGAUUUUGAGCUGCAGCCCAUCUACGAAAUUCUCCGCAGAAGCAACCUUGGCGACAUGGAAAUCAAACGGCAAAACCUGAAACGGGCUUUGGAUGAUUAUUUGUUGGAGUUCAAUGCCUGCCACUGCGGACCAUGCCAGAACAACGGUGAACCCAUUUUGGUGGGAGACACGUGUUUCUGCCAGUGUCGACCAGGUUACGAAGGCCCUGCCUGCGAGCAGACUAAGCGCCGAGAUGGUGAGACGGAUGGACGCUGGAGUUGCUGGUCACGCUGGGCUCCCUGCGAGUCGGGCACAGCGCGGCGCAGCCGGCAGUGCAACAACCCGGCCCCGCAGCGCGGCGGGGAGCCCUGCGCCGGGAGGGACCUGCAGAGCAAAACCUGCUGA